AUGAAACAGAGACAAGAGCUUGCAGCUAUGGUAAGUUCUGUUGAAGUAUUUCUUGUGGCUGGGAAUGUGAAGGUUGUUGAAAAGGCAAAUUCGGUGCACGAAGAGGGCUCUUCAUCUUUGGGUUUAGUGCUUCAUGGGGCUGCCAUUUUGUUGAGGUGGAAGAAAGAGUGGGAUUGGUUUCUUAAUCUCGAUGCCUCUGAUUAUCCUCUUAUUCCUCAGGAUGGCAUUUCAAGUUCUUUUUUCUUCAACAAUGGUGGAUAUUGA